GGCGGGGGGCAGGCCGAGGCCGCACGGCCCGCUCUGGCUGGAGACCAUCGGCCCCCUGCCGCGAGGCGCCGAGGCCGGAGGCGGGGAGCGGAGGAGCUGGGGCCGCCGUGGGGGCCAGCCUGCGGGGCUCUGCACCCCGCUUCGGCGGCCGGAAGAGGGACCCUCGCCCACGCCGUCCUCCAGCCUCAGUUUCCCCCUGAGAGAUUCGGCGAGGGCCACGGGGUGUCCGCCCCCUGGCUUAGCCUGGGCUGGAGAUGUGCCCGAAGUCGCGUCUCUGCACCUCACCGCUUGCCGUCCCCGUCCCCGGGGCCCGUAGGGGACGCGGGGGUGGGCGCGGUGGCGAGCCCGAUCGGGAGCCGGGGCCCGGCGGGACUUUAGCGGUGGCCCGUGCAACCUCCGCCCUAGGCUCCUGUCCCCGCCUGCCCCCUGGGUGUCCAUCUCUCUUCCCUCUCGGCCUCCUGCCGUUUCUCCCGGUCUCCUGUCAUCGUCCCUGUGCCUCUGCCCCCUCCCCCUCUAGCCUGAACUCAUUUCCCGACCUACAUAGAAGCGUCCCCUCCCCCCGAGGAUGCAGAGGAGCCGCGGCCAGCCUCUGAUCCCAAGUGCCGAGGACACCUGGCUUUUGUCAUGACCCUCCUCUGCUAUGGGCCUCAGUUUCCCCCGCUGUCCAGAAGGGUGAAAGUCCUAAAGGGUUGGGGGCGCUAGACCCUGUGCACAGGCUUCCCCUUUCCAUCGGGGAAGGGCCGCGCGCCGUGCCCACUCAGGGCAGCUGGUCAUCCCGGCCCCAGACCCGGGUCCCUGAGACGCCAGAGUGCGGCCACCGCUCCUUCCCGCAGGGAGGAGCCGCGCGCUGGGGCGGGCGGUCAGGUGCAGUGUUCAGGCCGUCGCUCUCCCGAGAGCUGAGACCCUCCCGGCCUCAGUGCCCCCGGCGCCAGGCAGACGUGGAGCCCGGCCGGCUCGGGCGGGGACGGGCUGCGGCGGGGGCGCGCGGGCGGCCGGGCACCGGCGGGCGGCGGCGGCAGCAGCCAUCUUGCCGCCCGGGGCUGGCUCCAGCCGCCCCUGCAGGAGGCCUCCCUCCCCCGCGCCCCCUCCCCUCCCCAGUGCUCCCUGGCAACCCGCCCCCCCCCCCAGCUCGGCCUGCUCGCUAAGUCGCCAUGGGAACCAGAUUCUUGAGGGUUGGGAACAGAUGCGCCGCCUUUGGCCUUUUCGCUCCCACUGGCACUGGGCGGAGGGGGGACCUGUACCUUCAGGAGGCGUGACCUGGGGGUCCCGCUGCUCAGCCCCUCUGCCCCCUCCCCGGGCUGCACAGCCCCAGGGAUGGCCCGAGUCCCCGCUAUUCCGGAACCGAGGCGGCCCCUCCCGCUCUGCUGAUGGGGCGGGCAGGGCCCCUGGGGUCUGGCGGCAGUGAGCGGAUGGCCUCAGUUUGCCCAUUCCUCCCAGAGGCGCUUCCCCUUUCCUGGGCAGGGCUCCCGCCCCGCGCCACCUUGCCGGGCCGGCCCCACCGGCUGGGGAAGCUGUAGAUACGUUCGCGCCUCCCCCUUUUGAGAGAUGGGGAUAGGGAAGUCUGAUCUGAGCCGGGUAGGGGCUGGCUCCGGGCUCCCCCCGAUCUCUCCGCCCCUCCUCCUAGCCUCAACAUGCAGCCCACGGCCACCAUGGCCACGGCUGCCACCACCGCCGCCACUGUCGCCCUGACCACGACGUGGGACAACGCCACGGGCCGCCCCACCGAGGAGCCCGACCCGGUUCUGGACAACUACGUUCUGCUGGUGGUGGUGAUGGCACUCUUCGUCGGGGGCACCCUCGUGGUGCUGUCCGGCGCGCUGCUGCUCUGCAGGCGCUGCUGGGAGGUCCACCGGCGCCUCCACAGAGCCACGGAGGAAGCAGAGAAGACCACCACCUCCUACCUGGACAACGGCGCCCACCCCGCCCAAGACCCCGAGUUCAGGGGGGAGGACCCCGAGGGCCAGGACACCGAGACCGAGCGCUUCCUGUCCACCAGCUCCACCGGUCGCCGGGUGUCCUUCAAUGAGGCGGCCCUGUUUGAGCAGAGCCGGAAGGCCCAGGACAAGGGUCGCAGGUACACCCUGACGGAGGGGGACUUCCACCACCUGAAGAAUGCCCGCCUCACCCACCUGCACCUGCCACCCCUCAAGAUCGUCACCAUCCACGAGUGUGACUCAGGCGAGGCCAGUGCGACCGCCACACCCCACCCCACGGCCGCCCCCAAGGCCAGCCUCGCCAUAUUCCAGCCCCCGGGGAAGGCCCUCACCGGCCGCUCCGUGGGCCCCAGCUCCGCCCUGCCAGGUGACCCCUACAACUCGGCUGUGGGCCCUGCAGACUUCGAGAUCAGCCCCUCAGCAUCCAGCGACUCCGGGGAAGGCACCUCGUUGGACGCGGGGGCAAGGAGCUCCAAGCCGGGUGGGCCGGGGGCCACAGCAGGGCCUGGGGAGGCUGGCCCAGGCUCUGGGGCAGGUCCCGUCCUGCAGUUCUUCACCCGCCUGAGGCGCCACGCCAGCCUGGACGGGGCCAGCCCCUACUUCAAGGUCAAGAAAUGGAAGCUGGAGCCCAGCCAGCGGGCAUCCAGUCUGGACACGCGAGGCUCCCCCAAGCGACACCACUUCCAGCGGCAGCGGGCAGCCAGCGAGAGCAUGGAGCAGGAGGGGGACGCCCCCCACGUGGACUUCAUCCAGUACAUCGCCAGCACUGGUGACGCCGUGGCCUUCCCGAGCCCCCGCCCCUUUCUGGCCAGCCCCGCCAGCCCGCCCCCCACUCUCGGCAGGCUAGACGCAGCCGAGGAGGUGGGCGCCGCGGGAGGAGCGAGCCCCGAGUCCCCCCCGGAGCACGGCGUCAACGCGGGGCCUGAGCAGCAGCCAGACUCGGACGGUGAGCGAGACGUGGGGCCGGAGCAGGCCCAGACCACCUACCGCGACAUCUGGAGCCUGCGCGCCUCGCUCGAGUUGCACGCGGCCACCGCCUCGGACCACAGCAGCAGCGGCAACGACCGCGACUCGGUGCGCAGCGGCGACAGCUCGGGCUCGGGCUCCGGGGGCGCCGCACCUGCCUUCCCGCCGCCCUCGCCGCCACCCACACCGCGGACGGCGGACGGCGAGGCGGGCGGGCCGCGCAAGCUGCUGCAGAUGGACAGCGGCUACGCCAGCAUCGAGGGCCGCGGCGCGGGCGACGACGGGCCCCCCAGCGCGCCCGAGAAGCGCUCCUCCUUCACGAGCGCGGGCCGCGAGGCCACCGUGGGCGUCAGCUUCGAGGGGCCCGCGCCGGAGGCGCCCGCCCGGCCCCGCAGCCCGCGCGCCUGGCCUCGCCGCGCCCCGCGCCGCGACUACAGCAUCGACGAGAAGACGGACGCGCUGUUCCACGAGUUCCUGCGCCACGACCCGCACUUCGACGACGCCCCGCCCGCCGCCGCCCGCCACCGCGCGCGCGCGCACCCACACGCGCGCAAGCAGUGGCAGCAGCGCGGCCGGCAGCACAGCGACCCCGGCGCGCGCGCGGCGCCCCCCGCGGCCCCGCCCGGCGCCCCCCGCCCCGCGCGCGCGCCCCUGCGUCGCGGAGACAGCGUCGACUGCCCGCCCGACGGCCGCGCGGGCGACGAGCCGGCCGCGCCCGCCAUCCCCGUCAUCGAGGAGGAGCCCGGCGGCGGCGGCGGCGGCGGCUGCCCCAGCUCCGGCCUGUGCGCCGGGCCCCCGGGCGCGCUGCUGGACAAGCUGGCGGCCAGCCUCGACGACAGGCUCUUCCCGCCGCACCCGGCCCAGCCCGGCGCCGCGGCCCCCGCGCUGGCCGCGGCCGCGCCCACGUCCCCCGACCACAGUCCGGCCUAGGCCUGCGCCCCGCGCCCACCGCGACAGCUGAGUCGGCGCCG